UGACGUCACUAAGCUGCGUCCCGGGGCUCGGCGGCAGCUGGGGUGCUGUCGGCCGUGCCGCCGAAGGCUGUCCGAGGUAGGCUGCUUUUGGCUCCCAUGGAGGAGGCGGCGCUCGCUGCGGUUCCGGAUGCACGGACUUCCUGCGGGACGACGGCGGAGGCGGGUGCCGAGUGCGCGCAGGAGCGAGCUGCCUGCCUGGGUGUGUGAGCGGGCACCCGGGUCGCCCGCUGGCCUGCGACAGCGCUAAGGUAGCUACUUCCUGUGAGCCAGCUCCCGGGCCGUCUGCGGGCGGAGAGAGGCCCCAGGGCCGACUUUGCUUUUGGCGUGUUGUGAGGUGGAUGCAGCGAUCCGCAGUGAGGAAGUCCGUGGUGAGUCGGAUUGCAGUUCAGUCCGGCGGAAGUCUGGCUGGAUGGCCCUGUCCCGUCGCAUGCUCGAUAAGUUCUGUUAGGGUGGAACUACUUUGCCAUGCUUAAGUACUUUAAAUGGGAAUAAAGGAUAGCAUUUCCAGGAAAAUGAGAAUGAACAAAUCAUCUCUGCUUUUAAAAAGAAAGACCAUGUUAAGCUCACAUAUCUGAAGACUGCACCAUCCUGCCUCCAGCACAAGCAGCUUCUCUGUUUCGUGAUCAAUGUCACUCACAGGAACUUAAGGAGCAUACGAAAUGAGCCUGGGGCGUGGAAAAUAUGACUUUUAUAUUGGUCUGGGAUUGGCUAUGACCUCCAGCAUCUUCAUUGGAGGGAGUUUCAUUUUGAAAAAAAAAGGCCUUCUGCGACUUGCCAGAAAGGGCUCCAUGAGAGCAGGUCAAGGUGGCCAUGCAUAUCUUAAAGAAUGGUUGUGGUGGGCUGGACUGCUAUCAAUGGGAGCUGGGGAAGUGGCCAACUUUGCUGCAUAUGCGUUUGCUCCAGCCACACUGGUGACUCCACUGGGUGCUCUCAGUGUCCUUGUAAGUGCCAUUCUGUCUUCAUACUUCCUAAAUGAAAGGCUUAAUCUUCAUGGGAAAAUUGGGUGUUUGCUGAGUAUUCUAGGCUCUACAGUGAUGGUCAUUCAUGCCCCGAAGGAAGAGGAGAUUGAGACCUUAAAUGAAAUGUCCCAUAAGUUAGGUGAUCCAGGUUUCGUGGUCUUUGCAACAUUUGUGGUCAUUGUGGCCUUGAUAUUCAUCUUUGUGGUGGGACCUCGACACGGACAGACAAACAUUCUUGUGUAUAUAACAAUCUGCUCUGUGAUUGGAGCAUUUUCAGUCUCCUGUGUGAAGGGUUUGGGCAUUGCCAUCAAAGAGUUGUUGGCCGGCAAGCCUGUUCUGCAGCACCCCCUGGCCUGGAUCCUCCUGCUCAGCCUUGUGGUCUGUGUGAGCACACAGAUUAAUUAUCUCAACCGGGCUCUGGACAUUUUCAACACUUCCAUUGUGACGCCGAUAUAUUACGUGUUCUUUACAACUUCAGUUCUGACUUGUUCAGCUAUUCUUUUUAAAGAGUGGCAAGAUAUGCCUGCUGAUGAUGUCAUUGGGACUUUGAGUGGCUUCUUCACAAUCAUCGUGGGGAUAUUUUUGUUGCAUGCCUUUAAAGAUGUCAGUUUUAGUCUAGCAAGUCUGCCUGUAUCUUUUCGAAAAGAUGAAAAGACAAUGAAUGGCAAUCUUUCUAGUAUGUAUGAAGUUCUUAAUAAUAAUGAAGAAGACUUACCCUGUGGAAUUGAACAUACUAGUGAAAAUAUCUCCCGUAGAAAUGGAAAUCUGGCAUCUUUUUAGGGAUAAGAUUGAAAAGUUAACCUAUAAUUCUGUUAUAGUGAUUUUUGAGUAUCAGAAUGUAUCUGAAAAAAAUUGUCCUCAAAUAAUGUUCUCGGAAGACAAUCUUUUUAAAUUAGUUUUCACUAAUUUGGAUCAAGAAAAUUACUUUUCUUAUAUUUCAAGAAUGGUAGCUCACUAAAAUGACCUCGGCACAUGGCUAAUUUCUAAUAACACUGCAUUGUUGUAAAAGCAUUUCACGUUUUUACCCAUUCUCCAGAGCUCUAAUGCACUAAUGAUAACAUUAAGCCUAUAAAGAUGCUUUUAUCUUUUCAUUGGUGAUGAACAUGAAAAUGUACAUUUGUGAUCCCCAGCCCAUCAAUCUCUCAUCAUACUAAGGCUCUUGGAUUAUAAAUAUGAUUCGUCACCCACACAUGGGGUUUCCACGGGAGUUUGCCAGCCUCCUGUGGAAAGCACCGCAAUGCUGUCAGUCAGCACUGCCUGCCUCCGCAGCCACCAGAGCUCCAUGUCAUGUUCACAGUGGACUGUAGCGUCCUUCAGCCCUCCUAACAACUCUGGGAUGUUGACGAAGACUUGUGCGGUCUCUUCAAUUUAGAAACCUGUGCUUGGCUAAAAUGACAAGUUGGAACAAAGCCCUUAUUCUGAUUCCAGAUGCUUAGAU